AUGGGAACUUGUAAGUCUGUCGCUACACCUGUAGAUACUAAGUCCAAACUUAGUGCAGACUCCGGUCCUCCUGUUCCGGAUGCUACUCUUUACCGCAGCUUAGCAGGUGCUCUUCAGUACUUGACUUUUACUGGCCCUGACAUUUCUUAUGCGGGUACUAUUGAUCAUGGUUUACAUUUAUAUCCUUCCGCACCACGACGUUUGAUCACCUAUACUGAUGCAAAUUGGGGCGGGUGUCCUGAUACUCGUCGGUCGACCUCCGGUUAUUGUUGUUUUCUUAAUUUAAUAUCUUGGUCGUCAAAACGUCAGCCUACUCUUUCUUGA